GUUGCAUUCAAUAAUCCACAUGAAAGCUACCAGCUUAAUUUUUGUUAUGGGACUGGCACUGUUUCUGGGAGUAUUGCUGAUGGAUCCCACGAGUUGUGCUCCCGUGUUCGAUGACCUGGAUACACCUUCGAUCUUCAAGGAAGCAGGCGGACUAGCGGCGUUUGCCUACUCCCGCAAAAAACAACCAGAAAAAAAGAUAGUGAGAAACCGUAUGAUGCCUCCGACAUUAAAUAUGUCACAACAUCAGCGUACUUUAUUUGGAGACAACUGCGAGGCCGUGGGCAGGAGUUGCAAAUAUGCUGAACAGUGCUGCACGAAAGUAUGCCUGGUGGCUACAAGGCGGUGCGCCGUCGUGGGCGAAUAUUGAGACAUAAGACGAAAUGUUUCGGAGCCGAUUUUUGCGAAAAUCUAUUCUCCUUUGGCAGCUGUUGCCAAAUGAAAAGUUAAAUAAAACUGCGCCACAGAUGCUUAAAAACGA